AUGACAGAACCAUUAGAUAGUGAAAGACCUAAUAUACAGUUGGGUAAUGUAUAUUCUAAUAUAGUCGAACUCAACCAAAUCGUUCCAUCUAUUAUAGAAAACAUGAUCGACGAAAAGAUAAGACAAGCACCUGAAUGGUUUACGUCGGAAAUAAAUAAUAUCAAGACUAGCUUUACCAAUAUGGAUAAUAAGCUUACUUCACUCCAGAAAGAGGUUGCUUCACUCAAGACAGAUAUGGAUGGCAAGGUUGCUUCACUCAAGACAGAUGUUGCUUCACUCAAGACAGAUGUUGCUUCACUCAAGACAGAUAUGGAUGGCAAGGUUGCUUCACUCAAGACAGAUGUUGCUUCACUCAAGACAGAUAUGGAUGGCAAGGUUGCUUCACUCAAGACAGAUGUUGCUUCACUCAAGACAGAUAUGGAUGGCAAGUUUACAUCACUUGAGGCAGGCUUGUAUGACAAUUUUGCUUUAGUUGAUUCGACAUUUGCUAAAUUGGAGUACAGUCAUUUAUGUUUGUUUAAUUCUUUUAGAAGGAUGAACGGAUAUGAAGCUGUUAGUGUACCAUUUUUAAAUAGAGAAGAAAAUCAAGAAGAAUUGCCGCUAAUUCUGUCAGUUCAGGACAUUGAUGGAUUGACUAAAGAAGAAUGCCAACGAUUUUUAAGGGGAUACAAUAUUGAAUUUCAUCCAAAUGAAACAAUCAAACUAAAGGAAAAAUUAAGGGAAGGAGUAGGUUUAAUGGCUAGGUAUGACUAUGAAUACAAAUUUGCAACUUUUUCCACGCCUAAUUAG